AUGGGGUUGCCUAUUGAAUACGAUCCCACCUCAAAGAAGGUGUCUAUCCUAGAGACAGUGCCACUUUCAGCUUCCCAUGGUCUACAAAUAGAAGUCAACCAAAUCAAUACCUUGUAUGCCGAUUUCAUAAAAUCAAAUGCUGAAAUACCUCCGCCUCCAACAAAGGAAGCCUUCACCACAAAUCUUUCCAUGAUGAUAAAGAAGAUGCAUGAGUCGGCUACAGGGUUGAUGAAACAGCGUAAAUUCACUGAAGCUGCUAAACAGUUCGAUAUUGCCUUAGGUUUGGCAUCUGCGCGUUCCAAGUUCGAAUCAUUUCAGGGGACAAUGCCCGAACUGAUUGUUUGCCUUAUGGGCCGUUGUGAUGCAUAUAAUAAUGCAGGUAUGUUUUCAGAGGCUUUGCAAGAUGCAGAAAUUUUAUGCUUACUCGGUUCGACUAUACCAGAUAAUCAUUUACGAAGAGGAAUUGCAAACCUUAACUUGGGUGAGCUUCUCACGGCAAAAUCAGAUUUUCAAAGAGGCCUUGCCUUUAAUGCACAGCACCCUGUGCUUCUCAAAUUGCUUUCAAUUGCAAACACCAUUGAGGCUGAAUUGAAUGGCGAAGAUUAA